GUUGCCACAAAAUCCUCAGUCAGAAGUCAAAUCUUCACCAACCUUCAACAAACAUUGCAAACAUGAACAAGUUCAUUCUGAUUGCAGGUCUGUGCUUGACCAUCACCAGCUUGGCUUGUUCCUCAAAACUGGUGUGCUAUGUCACCAGCUGGUCCAUCUACCGACAGACGCUGGGAAGAUUCACCACUUCGAACAUCGAUCCAAACCUGUGCACCCAUCUGAUCUUUGCCUUUGCCGACAUGAGUAACAAUCAGCUGGUGGCCAGAAACAGCGAUGACGAGAUAUACUUAAAUGAUUUAAGUCUGUUAAGAGAAAAAAAUCCUCACCUACCAGUCCUUGUGGCAAUUGGAGGCGCUGUGUUUGACAAUAAUAAAUUCAUCAGCAUGGCAUCACACCCAGAAAGCAGAAAAACUUUCAUUGAUUCUACAAUUAAAUUCCUGAGAGAGAAAAACUUUAAUGGGAUCAACCUGGACUGGGAAUUUCCUCAAAGCGCACACAAAGACAUGUUUUCAAUACUGUGCCAGGAUCUCUACAAAGCCUUUGUUGCAGAGUCAACGCUAAAUGGCCUUCCCAGACUGCUGGUCACAGCUGCCGUGACUGCUUACAAACCAUACAUUGAUAACGGUUAUGAUGUUCCAUUCAUUUCCAUUUACCUGGAUUUCAUAAAUGUAAUGACCUUUGAUAUGCACGGUGUAUGGGACGGAGUCACAGGACAUCAUAGUCCUUUGUACAAGAGACCUGAGAACAAUGGAAAUUCUGCAUUCAAAAAUGCUGAAUAUGCAAUGACAUACUGGAGGGACAGCGGUGCACCCUCUGCAAAGCUCAUUAUGGGAUUUGCUGCAUAUGGGCGAACCUUCACACUGUCCACUUCCGACAAUGACUUCGGAGCGCCAAUCAGUGGAGCAGGUCAGGCAGGCCCUUACACCAAGGCGCCAGGCUUCUGGGCCUACUAUGAGGUGUGUAACCAUCUAAAAACAGGGACUGUAAUGUGGUCUGAAGAACAGAAAGUUCCAUAUGGCAUAAAAGAAACUCAGUGGGUUGGAUACGAUGAUAUGAUGAGCAUUGAAUAUAAGGUGGACUUCAUAAAAGAAAAGAACUUUGGCGGAGGCUUUGUUUGGUCUCUGGACUUGGAUGAUUUCAACGGGGCCUUCUGUGAUUUGGGCAAAUAUCCCCUUGUCCAACAUCUGCAUAAUCUUCUAAUAGAGCCUUUGUCAACUACCAUGACCACCUGCACCACCACCUGCACCACCAUCACCCCCACCACCACCCCACCACCACCACCCACUCCCACCCCACCACCACUACCACUCCCACCCACCACCACCACAGUCCUGCCACUGCUGUACCUGGCCAUAAGCAGGUGUACACCAUCAUAA